ACACGCCGCACUUGCCUUCCAAUACAUAUUCUACAGUGCCUACCGUGCCUACAUUGUGCCUGCCUCUAGGCACCUAGUAGAAAAAAAACUCAAAAUAUCACGCUGUCACAAUAUAAAUUCACAAUGCCACCGCCGCCUUUUUCUUCCUCAACACAAAGUGUGUUGAAUCAGCAACGUGCAAAAAAGUUCGAACGUGAACCUACUUCUACAAACUCUUCCACCCACAUCCCACCUCUUAACCAUGCACACCUUGAUCGUUCUACCAACAACAAUCAUCGCCGAUCUAUGACUGAUCAAUACUUGCGCGAAAAACAUAAGAAACAGGAACGUAUACGAAAAGAGCAUUUACGAGUACAACGCGAGCAACAAGUGCGCCGCGCAAGGGAACGGGCCAGAGAACCAUUGCGCCGAGAUCAUUUGCAUCAAAAACAUCACGACAAAUUCCUACAACAACCGGCUGACGGUAUUUCCCAAUACAAUCUGACCCAUCGGCAACACCACAAAUACCAAACCCAGCAACCUAUUCACCAGCAACAUUCGCAAAACCGAAGGAGAAUAAAACAGGAACUACCUGAAAUCGGAAUUAUCCACCAGUUUGCAGCAAAGAUUAAGGACCGCUUUCCGGGCAGACCCGAGCUUGCCCGGCAAUUCUUAUCCACCAUGGCGUCCGAUAGACCUGCUGAGGAUUUUCUACCCGAUGUUUCUAACAUGUUGCGACGUGCACCUGAACUUGUCUCAGAAUAUCAGACAUCGAUGGGCGCUUUUGACCAAAGCCGACUUGGCCAGCCUAAGCAGCAUGGUGAGUCUCAACAGCCUUAUCAACCCGACCAUCCUGAGCUGCCUGAGCUGCCUCAGCUUCAGCCACAACAACUUCUACGCCACCUAGAUCCUAACUUCGCUGCUCGCCCGCCAACUCCUUUCAGCGCCAACAGUGUUGACCACGAUGACUACAAUGGCGAUGACGACCAAGAUGAUGAACCGGAUUAUUCCCAACUUGGAGACGACGAUAGUCAUCCUGAUCCUUUAUGGCAUCUGCAAAAUGCGCAGGAACAUGAACCACAUGAACGUCAAGCAGUGCAACAUCUCUUGCGCUUGCCCGAAAUUGACAUCCCUCCCGAGCAACGAAAGGCUACGCCUGUUGCCAUGUCUUGUACGCUAAUGGACCACCAAAAGGUAUGCCUUAGCUGGUUGAUGGAACAGGAGGAUGAUCCGAACAAGAGAGGCGGUAUUCUAGCAGAUACCAUGGGUUUGGGCAAGACCGUUCAGUCGCUUGCCUUGAUUUUGGCACACCCGUCCACGGACCCUACCCGCAAGACCACACUCAUUGUCGCCCCACUUGCCCUACUGAAGCAAUGGGAGCGGGAAAUUGAGUCCAAGGUGAAGCCUGCGUACAAGCUGAAGACACUCCUGUAUCAUGGCGCGGACAAACGCGGAAUCACUGUUGCCAAGCUUCUCACUUACGACGUCGUGCUGACCACUUACGGGACAAUCGCUUGGGAAUAUAAAGCGAUCGCCGAGGGCAAGAGAACCAAGAAGCCGAUCAUUCUAAACGAUGAUGUCACCUUCCAUCGAGUAAUUCUCGACGAAGCUCACCACAUCAAGACUAAGACGGGAAAGUCUUCACUGGGUACAGCCAUGAUCAAGGCGAAGUACCGGCUUUGUAUGACGGGUACUCCGUUCAUGAACAAGGUCGGAGAAAUUUAUGCCCUCAUCCGUUUUCUUCGGAUCAAACCUUACGAUGAAUGGCUCCGAUUCAACUGGGAUAUCAACAAGCCAAUUGAGAAUUGGGGUGGCGAUGCCGGUGACAGGGCUAUGAGAAAGCUUCAGACACUCUUCAGAAGCAUCACUUUGAGACGGACCAAGAACAGCGUGCUCGAUGGCAAACCAAUUCUUCGAUUGCCGCCUCUUGAAAAGAAGGAUGCCAUGACCCAGUUCAGUGAGGACGAGAAGGCUUUCUACCUUGCCCUUGAACAUAAGCAGCAACUUGAGGUGAACCGAUUCCUGAAGAAGGGCAUGAUUAUGAGACAGUACACUUACAUACUGGUGUUGCUCCUCCGUCUACGUCAAGCAUGCUGUCACCCGCACCUUAUCAGAGACUUCGGUAUUCCGGAAGGUAUACAAGCCUCGUCGGACGAUAUGUGCAAGCUUGCAUCCAAGCUCAGAAAGGGGAUUGUGGAGAGACUUAAGGGUCGAGAUGAAUUUGAAUGCCCUCUUUGCCAAUCGACCACCAAGAAUCCGAUUCUCAUCUACCCCUGCGGCCACCCGUUGUGUAGCACCUGCUUUUCGGUCUUGACAGAAGUCAAGAGACCAGACGCCGAGGACGCCCAUGAAGAACUCACUUGUCCCCACCAGGGCUGCAAAACUAAGGUCAAAUCUGACAAGGUUAUCUGCUAUUGUUUCUUCCUGGAAAUCCACAUGCCUGAGAGGCUUGAAGCGGACGCUAGUGAUUCGGACGAUUCGGAUGAUGAUGAUUCGGAGUAUGAUGACGAUGACGAGGAUGACGUUGACGAACGUGGAAAUCUCAAGGAUUUUAUUGUGUCUGGUAGCGAGGACGAGGAUGACGAGGUAGAUGAAGACGAGACUGGCAAAGGCGACGCUGAAGAUUCCGAGAAUGCCGAGUCCGACGAUCAUUCGCCCGAAGACACAAAGUCUAGACAGCCCUCAGAGUCUAAGGAUGAGGCAUUGAAGGAGGCUAUUAAGAAAGAGGAAUCAGUGGAGAAGGAUCUCGCAGAUGAUUCCGAUUCCGAUUCUCUGGUGUCUCUGGACGAAAUCUGGAGACGAAGACGAGUUGGUUCAAUCAAAACCAAGGAGAGUCCCGCCGAAUCUAGUAAGCGCAAGAUUACACCUGAUUCAUCAUCGGACUCGGAUGAGUGGAAACCAUCGACUCGUUCCAAUGGCAAACGCAAGCGGUCUACCGACAAGCAAUCUACCGGGUCAAGAAAGAAGAGCAAGGGCGCAGCUGGCGAGAAGCGACGUAAGAGAAAGACCAAGUUCAUGUCAUUGGGAGCCCUGAAGAAGGCUAGCUCUACCAAUGCAGCUGCGAAAGCCAAAUAUCUCAGGAAGCUCAAGAGGGAUUGGGUUCCAAGCGCCAAGAUUGACAAGACAAUGGAGAUACUAGGCGAUAUCAGACAGAACAACCCUAAGGACAAGACGCUCAUUUUCUCCCUCUGGACGUCUUUCCUCGACCUACUUGAGAUCCCGGUAAUCGACCAAGGAUUCAAAUACGUGCGCUACGAUGGAAGUAUGGACCACAAGAACCGGGACAAGGCCGUGAAGAAGUUUAUGGAGUCACCUGACGUCCAGGUCAUGCUGGUUAGUCUGUCAGCCGGCAACGCAGGCCUGAACCUUGCUGCGGCGACUCACGUCAUCAUUAUCGAACCGUUCUGGAACCCGUUUGUUGAGGAACAAGCCAUUGACCGAGCUCAUCGCAUCGGCCAGAAGAAUGCCGUCACGGUUCACCGCAUCUUAAUUGAAGGAACCGUCGAGGACCGUAUCCGCGACCUGCAGGAGAAGAAGCGCACGCUUGUCAAUGCAGCCCUAAGUGAAGAAGGCGCCCAAGGCGUUGGCAGAUUAACCAUUGCGGAGUUGAAGGGUUUAUUCGGUAUUCAUUGAUCUAAUCUCGACCGGCCCUUAGCUAGAGAUAUUGUUCUCAAUCCACCUGAGCCCUGUGCUUGGCUGCUGAUAUGGGUCGCAACGAUGAAAGAUAGAAAACGAGAAAAUGAGAAAACGAAAUUCCCGAUCGCCGUCCCGGUUCCAUAUUGCUUUUAGGAGAGUACAUUGGCUGUACGUAAAUGCAGGAGUCUACUGGCGAAACUGUGCUUGAUACUGGAUGCUAGGUAUGCCCAUGGCUGGAUGGGUUGGUGUCUUGGUAGCUUGGUAUGUAGCUUAAUAACCAUUGCCCUUAUAAAAAACCGCCACGGUAUAGAAGAUGCCUGUGUGAUAAGAAUAAUUGGAGGAGACGAAUGCUCGUCAUACUUACUGACGUAAAGUAGCUGAAUGAUGGCGUGGCAGUUCUGAUAUCAGGUCGCUUGCAGCCACGGACGAUUGGGGCGACGAUCUGAUGCCGAGUUCCGAUCGCUAUGGCUGUCGCGACGACGGCCUCGGUCUAUCAGAUCGAGGAAGUGCGUAUGGGUUCACGUCCGAAUAAGGACUCGCGGGCAUCCGGGGACUUGUAGUUCCACGUAGUCGAUCUCGAUAACUCCUCUGUCGUUUGCAAUAUGGAUAAAUGAGAUCGC